GGAGGGAGGAGGAUGGAGAGAGGGGAGAGGAGGAGAGAGAGGGUCUAGGCUAGGGCCCUGGCAGCAGAGAUGGAGGGAAGGGAUGAACACUAGGAGCAGUUUAGGAUGAAAGAUAGCAGGCCUAAUGACACUGGAUGAGGAGUGAGAGUGAAGGAGGACCUCAGGGUUUCAGCUUUUGUCAGCUAGAUGGAGGGUGGGGUUGCCUGCUGAGAUGGGGGCCCUCAAUCUCCAGAACAACUCUCUGCCCAUCUGGGUCCCGGAUCAAACCCUUUGCUCACGGCACGCUUCAGGAAUCCCCUAGCUGAACCAUCCCUGUCCAUCCAAUCUGGCCUGCAGUGGCCCAGGCCUGCAGGAGGCUAUGCUGAUUUGGGGCACUAGGGACCAGGGGGCCCAAGAGGUGCCUCUGGGGUAACAGACUUAAGUGCUCACUGUGAAGUUAAAGCAGAGGGGGUUGACCCCCUGUCCUGUGUCCUAGUGGAUAGAUGGAGAGAGGGGGCAAAGGAGGACAGAGGGAAGAGUUCCAGACCGAGUUCCAGAAGACCUGGGGCAGUGCUCUUACUUCUGCUUAUAUGAUGCUGGGCAAGUCACUUAACUCCCUGAAAGGCACUGUCCCCGCCUGGACAUGAGCAAUGAAAGCUGCUACCAGCGUUGUGAGAACUGAAUGCCCUGUCUUUGGUGUGUGUGUGUGUGUGUGUGUGUGUGCACGCCCGCUGGAGGGUGGGGGUGGGGGAGCAUAGAACCAGGAGUAGGGAGGCAGCCACGUGUCCGGGGCCAUUUAUAAUUUAUAGGCCCUGCCUGGUAGAACCAGGGCUGCUGGUGAGCUGAGGAGAGGCUCUUCCAAGAUAGUCUGGGACAGUGGCCAAAGAGAUGUCUAAGACGCUGGGCCUCAGGGAUUUGGGACCCAUCUGCCCCGGGCUCCUGCCAGCCAAGACCCUGUCCCACUCCGAAGAGGUGGGGGUGUGGAGCUUAACCAGAAAGGCUAAUGUUUCUUCCUGCCCUCACGGAAAGGCAGAUUUGGGGCAUUUGAGCCCACACUGAGACCAGAACCCACCUUCUCAGACCUUCCCAGAGAGUUGCCUGUGGGGAUUCUUCUCAGAGAUUAGUCCCCACUUGGAGACAGCGCUCCCUGAGGCGCCAGGGCGGAGCUGAGCUCCAGAUGUCCCGGCGCGCACAGCUGGAGGGUCACGUGGCAGCGGCCCCGGCCCCCCUUCCUGCCAACGCUGCAUUUGGCCCAGGCCCGGUUCAUGGCUGCCCUUGGGACCCUGCGCUGAGCCCCGGAGCCCUGGCGUCCGGGGCCGCGCCGCUCCCAAGGGACGAGAGUGAGUGUCGGGAUCCCAAGGACGUGGUGGGCAGGGAGGGGUGGAAGGGAUUCGGCUUCAGCGCGGGAAGGGCGGGUUGGGAAUCGGGCCGAGGCCUCCCGGCCUUGAGGAACCGUCCUGGGCCGGGGUUGAGGGGUGGGAAUUGGCUACUAGGAGGAACUUCCAGCCCCUUCAGGGUGCCCAUCCCAGUGUUGGUGGGGGGGGGGGGUGGGGUGCCACGGCCCGGAGAAGGAAAACGCCGGAGGACGAAUGGCUGGUAGCGGAGACCCUCGGCUUGUGGUCUCAGCCCCCUCCCCCUGGGGAGAGAGGGGCUGGGAGCCCCUACCAGCCGCUGGCUUUCGCGGCAGGGGCCCCUGACUGAGUUUCUCCGCAGGGGGCGGGGGCGUGAGCCACGCGGACAUGAGGCGGAGGCUGCGCCUACGCGGGGACGCGUCGAUCACGCUUCUCCUUGGCACCGCCCUCGGCCUCCUGCUCUACACACAGCGCGAGGGCGCGACCCUGACGACCAACGCACCCCGAGCGCAAGGGAAGGUAGAGGAAGCGCCUACUCCGGGACUCCGAGUCUUCCAGGCACGGGACGCGGACGCAGUCCCAGCCCCUCUGGUCUACGAAGGGGACACACCGGAGCCGCCCACACCCACGGGACCCUUUGACUUUGGCCGCUACCUACGCGCCAAGGACCAGCGGCGCUUCCCCUUGCUCAUUAAUCAGCCGCACAAAUGCCGAGGAGAUGGCGCACCUGAAGGUGGACCCGACUUGCUCAUCGCCGUCAAGUCAGUGGCGGCGGACUUCGAGCGGCGCCAGGCCGUGCGCCAGACGUGGGGUGCUGAGGGCCGUGUGCAGGGGGCGCUCGUGCGCCGCGUGUUCUUGCUGGGCGUGCCCAGGAGCACGGGCACUGACAGGGCAGACGCCGAGGGGGAGGGCACGCGAACCCACUGGCCAGCCCUGCUGCGUGCCGAAAGCCGGGCAUACGCGGACAUCCUGCUCUGGGCUUUUGACGACACUUUCUUCAACCUAACGCUCAAAGAGAUCCACUUUCUGGCCUGGGCCUCGGCCUACUGUCCCGAGGUGCGCUUCGUUUUUAAGGGCGACGCAGAUGUGUUUGUGCACGUGGGAAACCUGCUGGAGUUCCUGGCGCCGCGGGACCCGGCGCAGGACCUGCUUGCGGGUGACGUGAUUGUGCAGGCUCGGCCAAUCCGCGCGCGGGCUAGCAAAUACUACAUCCCAGAGGCUGUGUAUGGCUUGCCCGCCUACCCGGCCUACGCGGGUGGUGGUGGCUUUGUGCUUUCAGGGGUUACGCUGCGUCGCCUGGCCGGCGCCUGUGCACAGGUUGAGCUUUUCCCCAUUGACGACGUCUUUCUAGGCAUGUGUCUACAGCGCCUUCGGCUCACACCGGAACCUCACCCUGCUUUCCGCACAUUUGGCAUCCCUCGUCCUUCAGCCGCGCCGCACCUGCGCACCUUUGACCCCUGCUUUUACCGGGAGCUAGUUGUAGUGCACGGGCUCUCGGCGGCCGACAUCUGGCUUAUGUGGCGCCUGCUGAACGGGCCCCAUGGCCCAGCCUGUGCGCGUCCUUGGCCUGCCGCUGCUGGCUCUUUCCGGUGGGACUCCUAGGUAACUUCAUGGCCCCAAGAUCCCCUUCAUUCAGACCCAGGAUAAUUAUUGCCGUGUAUGUAAUUCUCUCCCAGAGGCUGAAGAGUUCAAACUGUAGCCCCGUUUCACCAGGAAUUGGCCUCCACAGGGCCCCAAGGAACUAAGAUUGUGCUUGGCUCCUGCUGGCCUGGAACCAUUCGAACAGUAGUCCUUUGAGACAGCCAGGGCUGAGGCCAUAGAGCACCAGGCUCUGCCAAAUAGGGACAUGUUUGGUCCUCCUACUACCAAAUAGGUUUUGGGGAGCUGGGAUGGGUGGUGGUAAGAGGCUCACGUAAUCUGACCCUAGUCCUUGGUUUGGAGGCCCUAGAAUGCUGCAGAUGCAGGUUUUUUUUUUUUUUUUGUUUUGUUUUUUCUUUUCUCCAAGGCUGGAGGAGGUGUGGGGGCCUGGCCUCGGUCCUCCAGGCAGGCAUUUGGCUUCCCACCUGCGCCUCCAAAUCAGAUUUUCAGCCCUGGGCAGAUCUUUAAAUCUUCUGAGGUCUUUCCUGAAGCCAACCCCUCCUGGGCCCUGGUCUGGCUGGAACACCAGGGACAGAGGCACACAGGGACAGCUGAGUGCAUGGUCCCACCUAGAGUCUCCCCACUGCAGAACUUUCACCCAUACAACAAUGCCAGUCUCCUACUAGAGGCUAUGCUGCCCCACUCCAGAGGAGCCAAAGAACCUAAGAUAAAGCUACCACCAUAAAACUACCCAUAUUCUUCAACCACCCAGUUUCUCAAAAAUCAACACCCCCAUGUUUAUUUUAGUACAAACAUCCCAGCAACAGCACGUGGUAAGCUGCUGCUGAGGGCAUAGGCCUUUAUUGGAGGGGUAUGGGCAGGGCAUGAGGAAGGUUCCCCUAUUCUAGGAGGAUGGGAAUAGUCCUGGCUGCCCCAACAGUGGGAUGUAAUGUGGGCUGGGGGGAGGGGGGGUCCUCCGGCCAGGCCACAGUCCAAAUAGGAAGACACCAGUCAGUCACAAAGUUAUGGGAGCGCCACACAAGCCUGGCUGUAACCCAGGAACCACUUAGGAGCCUGGGGCAGGUCCCCUGCACAUUCAUUGUUAAACUCUACAGGAUGAGGCUGUACAUGAGUUAAUUACAAAAGAGUCAUAUUUACAAAAAUAUGUACACACAUUUGAAAAACUCACAAAAUUGUCAUCUAUGUAUCACAAGUUGCUAGACCAAAAUAUUAAAAAUGGGUAAAAUUA